UUCGCUUUUGAUUCAGGUAUCGGCAUAGGCUUUACAGCCUUGGUUGUUGCUGCCUCCUGGCUUUACUUGAUCUUCAGGAAAAGAAAGCUCAUUCAGCUUAAGGAAAAAUUCUUCAGGCAAAAUGGUGGCGCCGUCUUACAACAGAAACUUUCUAGACGAGAAGGAACCCCUGAUACAGCAAAAAUCUUCACAGCUGAGGAGUUGAAGAAGGCCACUAGAAACUAUGACGAGACUACAAUCAUUGGCAAAGGAGGUUUCGGUACUGUUUAUAAAGGAAUUUUAACAGAUCAAAACCAAAUUGAUCAAUUCAUUAAUGAAGUGGUGGUGCUGUCUCAAAUUAACCACAAGAAUGUGGUCAGGCUCUUGGGUUGUUGUUUAGAGCCGCCAGUGCCUUUACUAGUUUAUGAAUUCAUCACCAAUGACACACUCUUCGAUCACAUACACAAUGAAAGCAAUGGAUUAUCAGCACUUUCUUGGCAGAUUCGUCUAAAAAUAGCAGCAGAAACUGCAGGAGCAUUGUCUUAUUUGCAUUCUGCAGCUUCAGUGCCCAUCAUCCACAGAGAUGUCAAGACCACUAACAUCCUCUUAGAUGCUGAUUACACAGCAAAAGUGUCUGAUUUUGGAGCUUCAAGAUUGGCUCCAAUGGAUGAAGCUCAGUUAUCAACUGUGGUGCAAGGAACUUGGGGAUACUUGGACCCAGAAUACCUGCACACAAAUCAGCUGACUGAUAAGAGCGACGUCUACAGCUUCGGAGUAAUACUUGUGGAACUACACAAGGCACUUUGCUUCGAUCGUCCCGAGGAAGAGAGAAGUCUGGCUUUGUAUUUUCUUUCUUCCAUGAAAGGAGGAAAAUUGUUUGAGGUUGUUGAUUGUCGUGUCAUAAACCAAGGAACAGAAGAGCAGAUUAAGGAAGUGGCGAGGCUAGCUGCGCGAUGCUUAAGAUUGAAAGGGGAGGAGAGGCCAUCUAUGAAGGAAGUGGCAAUGGAAUUAGAGGGACUGAGAAUGAUGGAAGUGCAUACAUGGGAUGCAGAGAACCAAGAAGAGACAGAGCUCUUGCUUAGUGAGAAAAAGAAAGAUUUUGGUCAUGGAGAUAGUAACAGCGCAAGUGCUGUGUAUGAUAGCAUUCAAAGCCAUGUAAACUUAUCAUUGGGUGAUGGUAGAUGAUUUUGAGUUUUCUGUGUGUUAUGUCCAUUAUCUGCUUGUGGAUAAAAUGACCAUCUGCUUUUUUACUUGUCUCUGUUCUUCAACUUCCAAUAAUAGUUUGAAGUUUUUAUUU